GAACUUUCUCACCCGACAUUCUCUCUCUAAAAGCAUCGGAAUGCGCCUUUUAUGAUCUAGAGUUUCAGUUGGGAACGAAACUGAUUUUUCCGUCGGCGAAGUAUAAUCGGCCGAGGUCGGAUCUACUGCCAUAGCAGACGGCGAUCGGUGGCGGAGGAUGGCGGAAGACAAAUACAAUCUAAAGAACCCGGCCGUGAAGAGGAUUCUUCAGGAGGUGAAAGAGAUGCAGGCUAAUCCAUCCGAUGAUUUCAUGAGCCUCCCUCUCGAGGAGAAUAUAUUUGAAUGGCAAUUUGCAGUCAGGGGCCCCAGUGAUUCAGAGUUUGAAGGAGGAAUUUAUCACGGCCGAAUCCAGUUGCCUGCUGAAUAUCCUUUCAAACCGCCAUCUUUCAUGCUUUUGACUCCCAAUGGUCGUUUUGAGACUCAAACCAAGAUUUGCUUGAGUAUCUCAAAUCACCACCCUGAGCACUGGCAGCCAUCCUGGAGUGUUCGGACUGCAUUGGUUGCACUGAUUGCAUUCAUGCCAACCAACCCAAAUGGUGCCCUUGGAUCAUUGGACUACCCAAAGGAAGAAAGGCGUAAUCUAGCAAUAAAAUCCCGUGAGGGUGCUCCAAAAUUCGGGAACCCCGAUCGCCAGAAGCUGAUAGAUGAGAUACAUGAAUACAUGAUAAGCAAGGCACCCCUGAUUCCCCAAGCUAGCCCCACAGUCCCAGCCACUGAAGAAGAACAGGCCACAAACAGAGAUGGUGAGGUCCCAGAAACUUCCCAGAACCCCAUAACAGAGUCUGCCGAGGAUGGGAUCGUUGAAGAACAAGAAGAAGCCCGAUUGGUUGCACAUCCUGUGCAGACACCAUCAAGAGCGGCCGCUCCCUCCGUACACCUCCACGAGCAGCGUGUACUACUGCACCAGCCCGAACAUAGGGUACCCUCCGCCGGACCAGGCGAUGAACGCAUAUUCACAUGGGCAGCUGUGGGACUCAGCAUUGCCAUUAUCGUUCUUCUUUUGAAGAAGUUCAUGAAAGCCAGUGGACACGGCGUUGUCUUCAUGGACGAGUCUUGAGAUCUAAAGGUAAAAUACUGUGUACAUCUUGCCCCCCCCCCACCCCCACCCAAAGAACUCUACACUUGAAUACUGGAGCAGUAUAUAUUUUGCUAGACCAGAAAAUGUGGGUAAACAUGAAUAAUCCGUAUACCUAUCAGACUAUCACUAUAACUAUAUAAGCAUAUAGAAAUUGUUUAUUUGAUGUGAUGUUUGUAAACAAUUACUCAUGUGUACAAUGAUUGUUUAUUUGCUAGACGACUAUCACAAUGUUUCUUGUGUGCAAUGAUUACCAGUUUUCCAUGCUAAUUAUUUGCCAGUUCUACAACUAAGGAACCACUAACAUGUGAAAUCAAUGAAAAAAAGGGAA